CGCAUUCAAUCCGCGUUUUUCCAGUUAACACCCCUAACCCUGUAACACAGGUUUCAAUAUCCCCGGUCACUGCCAGCACCACACCAACCUGAACUCAAAGAUCACCAUCAACAUCUCAACCCACCUCACAUCAACCACCAUGCCGCCACCAAUUCCAUUUCCCUACCCCCUCCACAUCGGCACCGACAUCUGCCGCGUCGCGCGCAUCGCACACAUCCUGCGCAGCAAACAGGGCUCGCGCUUCAUCCGGCGCGUGCUGGCCCCCGAGGAGCUGGCCCGCGCGAAGCCGGCCAUCCGCCACGUGCUAGAGGCCGCGGCACAGUCUAACGGGCGGCGCGUAUCCGAGCCGGGCGCCGGGGUUACGGGGGGAAGAGGGCAAGUGGGCACGGGAGGAACGAGGGAUGCGGUGGAGGCGGCGGUUGAAGGCGGGAGGGACGGGCUGGUUGGCUCGAGUGACCGGCAAGUGAGCGAUGUUGGGAAGGAGGUGGGGGGUGUGGAAUCAGCGGUGUUUGGGCGUGCAGCUACUUAUAUGGCUGGGAGGUUUGCGGCAAAAGAGGCGGCGUUCAAGGCGCAUCCGCAUCUCAGGCUGGGGUUCCACGAUAUACUCAUUCUGCCAUCUUCAGAUGCCCAAGAGUUGACAGGGAAGAGAGCGUUAACUGAGUUGGGCUCCUCCGCACCUGUGGCUUUAAUCAGGGGGGACGGGGAGAGUAGCAGGGACCAAAUGGCUAAGGUUAGUAUCAGCCACGACGGCGAGUACGCGACGGCCAUGUGCAUUGGGUUUGAGGCAAGCGAAAGCGGACAUAGUCAAGAGCCGAGGAGAGACUAGGUCUCCAGCCCCCAUAAGAUAUGGUCGUGGCGGUGCUAGUGAGUUAGAGGGUACGUGCCGCCGGUCUAAAAUACUUACCUACCUAUGUAGCUUAUGACUUUAUGACUCGGGAACAAUGAAAAAUCCACCGUGAACCCUUAAGGAAAGCAUACUAUUGGCUAAGAAUAAAAGAAACUUAUGAACCUCGG